AUGAUCGUUUGGGUUUUCUUGGCCCUCUUUCUACCUUGCGCCGGCACCAUCGUGGUGUACCUAUUCUACAUCUGUCUCUUAUGGUACGUAAAGAAUUACGAGAACGAGCCACAGUUUCCGGUGAAGCCAGUAACCCAGAAUGGUUUGUCGAUGGCGGAACUAGAGAAGCUGCCCAAGGUCACCGGAAAAGAGUUGGUGUUGGGGACGGAGUGCGCAGUUUGUCUCGACGAGAUCGAGAGCGAACAACUGGCACGACUGAUUCCCGGUUGCAACCACGGGUUCCAUGUGGAGUGCGCGGACACUUGGCUUUCUAAGCAUUCGGCGUGUCCCGUUUGUAGGUCCAAGCUCGAGUCCCAGUUCUUCAAUUCCUCUGAUCAAAAUCCUUGCUAA